GCUGACAUCUGUUUUUAACUCACACCAACCAAAAACAUAAUUCAGACACACAAUAAUGCACACAAAGACAUUAUUGCAUCUUAACUUCUGUUAAUUUUUAAUCCAAAAAUGGCUGAUUUGUUUUGAAUAAAGUGAUUAAACCCGCACUUUGACUUAUGUAACCCCUCAUAGCUUACACAUUGUUUCUAGCACAAGAUUUGUGGCACUUUGUGACAUCUAGUGGACACUGGAUUAGAGACUGCUUUCGGACAGAAUUACAUUGUUGUUUUCAUUAUGUUAUUCAUUAAGAACAUCAAUAUGUUCAUGUCAUCUACAAAAUGGGCUAAAAGUUCAGUGCACCUCUUUCGUCACAGAUAGACGAUAAUAGCUUGGAUUAACAUGGAUUAGAUUAUGUUUGUAUAUAUAUCUAUACAGUUCAUCUAGAAUGUUCAGACUCAGAACAUUACUAGAUCUGUAAGUGACUGCAUCUCUUAAACUUGAUUCUUUUGAACAAAGAAAAGAAAAGUCAUUUGAUGUAAUCCUAUGUUUUUUGCUUUGCUUGUCUUUCAUUACUUUGCAGGAACAAACCUGGUUAAGGGUAAACCACCUGGCUGAAAAUGGAGACAUCAGUGUUCAGCUGCUGGGUUCUUUUUCUGCUGAUUUAUCCAGUUGUUCCCAUGUGUCUUCCCACAGAGUUCACAUUGUUCGUGGAAAAGCCAGAAUGUGACUAUUGUGUGGCGAUCAACACUACUAUCUGCAUGGGAGUUUGUUUCACAAGGGACAGCAACAUGAGGGAUAUUUUCCGCUCACGCUUUGUUGUUCAGAGAAGCUGCACCUAUGAUAAGGUGGAAUAUCGCACAGCCAUUCUGCCUGGCUGUGCUAUCGACUCCAACCCUGCAUAUACCUACCCAGUAGCUAUCAGCUGCCACUGUGGUGCCUGCAGAACUGACAGGGAUGAAUGCACACUCAGACUCAACAGCUACGAUGCUAACUGUGCUAAACCAGUCAGGCGCGUUUAUCCUUAUCCUGGUCAAAGCAACUACAUGAUCCCAUUUUAAUUCUUCUGUUUAUGUAAGAAAAUAAAGGUUUUUACUUCUUAUCUUAUAAUAGACCAUUGACAGUUUGCACUGUUUCAUUCUAUUUAAUCUGAUUGUUGACUAAUAAAGUUAUAGUUUGACGUCUCA